AUGUUGUUUCUAUCAACACUUGUUUCGUGCCUUCCCCUGGCCCUGGCGGCCAAUAUCUACGUCGCCCCCACCGGCAACCCGACCCCGGACGGCAGCUCGGCCAAGCCGUUCGGUGAUAUCCAAGCCGCCAUCAACAUUACCCAGCCCGGCGACGUUGUCAUCCUUCGCGGCGGUACAUACGAGCUCCUCAAGAACAUCAACAUCACCGUGAACGGCACCGCGCAGGCCCCGAUUACCCUACGUGCGGCCACGGAUGAGGUAGUCAUCAUCGACGGCGAGGGUCUGCCGAACACUCCCGCGCCGGUAGGUGCUUCGAUCCCCGGCAAGGAGCGCGGCGUCCUCCACGUUGAGCGCAUCCACUACUGGAACUUCCAACGCCUCACUUUCACCCACGGCCCCUAUGGUGUUUACGUCAAGGAUAGCAGCAACUUGCGCUUCAACCAGAUCGUGACUCGGGAUAACUACGAGAGCGGCUUCCACAUGCAGGGUGCCCUUUCUAACAACGUGAUCUCUUACCUCGACUCGUACGGAAACCGCGAUCCCAGGAACAACGGCGAGAAUGCCGAUGGUAUCGCCAUCAAGGAGGGCAAGGGAGAGGGCAACAUCAUUGUUGGCAGCAGGUUCUGGGACAACUCUGACGAUGGAGUUGACUUCUGGGAGUUCCACUCCAAGUUGACCAUCAAGGACAGCAUCGCCUGGGGCAAUGGCUACAACCGCUGGGACCUCCCCGACUUCACCGGCAACGGCAACGGCUUCAAGCUCGGCGGCGGCAGCGCAGGCGACAUUCUCCCCGCCGGGCGCGACGUCGUCAACUGCAUCGCCUUCGGCAACAAGGCCAACGGCUUCACCGACAACUCCCAGACGGGCGAGUUCCUCUUCGAGGAGAACACCUCCGUCUGGAACGGCGCCGUCGGCUUCCGCAGCGUCAACGCGACGGGCGUCCUCGAGCGCAACAUCGCCGCCGUCAACCGCCCGGGCUCCCCAACCAACGUCACCUACGGCGGCCAGGUCACCCUGCGCGGCGCGCAGAUCUCCAGGGACAACUCGUGGGACAACUCGGCCCCUCUGCUCAGCAACGCAAGCUUCAAGAGCAUUGACGUCGGCCUGGUCACGGGCGCGCGUAACAAGAACGGCAAGAUCGCGGCCAGCGACUUCUUGUUGCCUGUUGAUGGAGCGAAGCGGGGUGCCACCACCUCCUGGAAGUAG